AUAGCGCGCAAACACAGUGGACGAAUGCAGGCUGCACAUGCGAGUUGGUAGACCGGCUGACUGAGAAAUGCCGGUCGUGAUUGGUGUCCCACAGCAGCAGAGACAGCGCUUUCCCCCAUGCGCUGUUGCUGCUCUUCCAGCUGUUGGAAACGCUGAUAUUCCUGAUGGUGCUCCUGUGGGUGCCUUUGCUGAAGUCGUGAUUGUGGCCGCGAAUGCAAUCUUUGGUGAGCGUUCUGAAGAGCCCGUUCUGGCGGUGCCGUCCACUGAAGUGGUUGGGGCCCACGUGGGCGAUGCGAGGGCUGAUAGGAAGAUUGAUGUUGUUCAUUCUGGAGCCUACUGAAAACCGAAUGUUGCUGCUGCUGUGGCAGAGCCUGGUCCUGGCGGUAUCCUCUCGGCGCUGCAGAGUUUCCAUGGCGCGUUGCUUCCUCGGGCGACGUUACAUGGUCGUAUGGGGCUUGAUCAAAGGACCAGCUGCGAAUGGACGUAUUUGUUGUCCUAUCGGCAAGAUGAUCAUCUACGACCUCGCGACUGCUAUUGUCGUCGCCGCUCUCAUCCUCUCCUUGUUGGCUGACUUCACUUUGUACUCUGUUGACAUCCUCAUCUUCAUUUUCAAAGGAGAACUCAGCACCUUGUCUAAUCAAGGCAUAGCUGCCUUCCGAGCGCCUUUGUCGAAACUGUGCUCUUAUCUCGCCAGGAUGAUUGGUACGCGACACGGAGGGGGAGCGGUAAUCCUCAUAAGGUCUCAACGAGUGCUAGUAACGCAAGGAUAGAAUAUCGAUGGUCAUUACCAUACACAUGCUGUCGUGAUUGCAUGUUUGAGUGUCUUUCAUAAAGACACUCACCUGAGAUGGAGACCGUGUUGAGGACAGAGAAGUCUCGGGUGGAAAGCCUCCCAAGCGACUCAGGUUCUGAGAAACGUUCAACGACCUCCGCAGGCUGUGCGAGCCAUCCGAGAACCGU